UGGAGCCAGUCUGAGGCAGGGGAAACUUCCGAGGCGCUGUCCAUGGUGCUGAAACCGCCGCCCGGGCGUCCCCUCUGCUCAUGACGGAGGGGACACACGACCUUAACCUCCACGUGAGCGUCACCUCCUUCCACCUCCUUCCCCCCUGUUCGCACCUGCAGCUGGAGGAUGAUGGGAGUCGUCUCGGACCUCGUCUCUCAGUACGCAUGAUGGACGGAUGGAAGGACUUGUGGAUUUUAAAAAAAAACACCUCAUGCAGCGAAUAAUGCUCCUGCAAGGGCUGAUUGAUGUGAGCAGCUCGGGAUUCAGCCACUGACCGAUUCCUUCGUCAACAUGUUAUAAAAAAAAUGAGCUUCACUGCCCUUCAAGCGUAGGAGACCUGCGUUUUUGUUAGUUUCUUUUGGGUUUUUUAACGAGAAGAGCAACGACGUACACAAAGACAUGGCUCGUCUGCUUGUUAUGGUCAACUCCGUGGUGCUGUUGCUUUUCGGCAGCGACGUGUUCUUGGUGGGAGCAAACCGGCCACCAGCUCCCGUCAACGUGUCUGUCAUGCACCUGCGGGCCGACUCGGCAACUGUUUCCUGGGAGGUUCCGGAGGGAGACAUCAUUAUCGGCUUCUCCAUCUCGCAACAGAGGCAGGAGGGACACAUGCAGCGAUUCAUUCGGGAGGUCAACACCACCAGUCGCUCCUGUGUCCUUUGGGACCUGGAGGAGGAGACAGACUACAUCAUCCAGGUCCAGUCAAUCGGCCUCUACGGGGAGAGCCAAGCCAGCAAGAAGGUGCAUUUUCGCACCCUCAAGAAAUCUGACCGUUUCCCGUCCAACAGCUCCAACCAAGAUGACCCCACUGUGCAAGGCCUGGACAAGUCACGGCAUCUACAAACGGGAGAGAUGAUCAUAAUCGUGGUGGUCUUGGUCAUGUGGGCAGCCGUUAUCGCCCUGUUCUGCCGGCAAUAUGACAUCAUCAAGGACAACGACUCCAGCAACAAUAAGGAGAAGGCCAAGCCGUCGUCGGAGAGGAGCACGCCGGAGCAUCACAGCGGAGGUCUGCUGAGGAGCAAGUUUCAUCCCUCUGUGCCAUCUAUAAACAUCAUCGAAGUUUGAGAAGAACGACGGAAGAUUGGACCUUUCUCGUCUCAUCAUCAAUUCAUCCUCAACCUUUCCAAAACCAAGCUGAUCGAGGAAACACUAACUUUCUCUGAGUCAACAUUAGUGAGGGAGGUUGGCAAAGACUGUCUUACAAAAGACACAUGUGCAUGUACAUAAGAUUUGUAGAAAAACACUGAUGCGACAACCCAUCCAACGAUCCAGUAGGAAUAUACACAACAACACACACAGGCACACACAGACACACACACACCUUACGGUAGCUCUAGCUGAAAUACCACAGUGCAUCAGUUAUGUUAACCUACAGAGCAGUUAACAGUGAUCUCUUUACCAGGUACUUGGGAUGUUAUUGCAAUACAAAAACACACAAUGCAACUUGACCAUAUUUGGGACGGCCGGUCUUCACAACCUUACGUGUAUUUUUGAUAUUGGCAUGAGCAAUGAGAAGCCACUUUCACCUGUUACAGACAACGCAGCUCUAUAUGAAUCAACUUUUUCCCCAUGAAAUUAGCAUAUAGAUACUCUCCUAUCACAAAUGUAUAAUAUUGGCUGACUACAGAUUUUUAUUCAGGAGGGAAAGCAUCUGAAAUUAAUUUGUAAUAACUACAGCCACUUUAAUUUAUUUGUCUCCCCUAGCAUUCAAAUUAAAGGUUCAGUGUGUAGAAUUUAGUGACUGUGGUAGCCUUCAGUUUUCAUGAAAACUCAAAAGGUGUUUAGUUCGUCGUUUGGACUACUGUAAAAAAAAGCAUUGCAGCUGCCAUGGAGAGGACACGCUCUUGAUGUAAAAAGUAUUUAAAUAUAAGGGCCCAUUCUCGGGUAAAGAAGACAACAAUUCAUGAAUUUUAGAUAAAACACACAACUGAAAUCAUCACUAGGAUUAUUUUAUAUUCAGUUUCUGUCAAUAGAAUCUUACACACUGCACCUUUAAAACUAUUACAUACAUUUAUGAAAUAUUUCAUACAUAACAAACAUGACUGUACAUAUUCCAUUCAUUUGCUAAAUAAAGUUGCAUGCAGGUCAUUUGCCUGUAGAAUAGCAAUUGAUGUGCGUUCUAAGUUAGAUGCCAACAACGCAGGAAUAAAAGCGAUUCUGUUCUGAUUCUGAUGCUGUUCCGUGAUACUGUUAAUGUUUUAUUCUCUGCCUUUAGAAACAGGACACCAUCUAUUAUCAUCCAGUGUUUCAUUUUAGAUCUUGUACAUUUCCCAGGAAAUUGUAUUACCUGAAGUGUAAAAUAAAGGUUCUUUUUGA